AUGGCGACCGCGAGUGAUGCCCCGGGUCGGGCUCGGGCGUGCGCGGAGGCGUUGGGGCGGUGCGCGGGACGAUUGGCGCGGGACGGCGCGGACGGCGCGGACGCGAGGACGCGGGCGGGCGAUCGAGCGCGCGCGUCGGGGGUGAUUCGGGCGUACGCGAGCGCGGUGUGCGCGUGGACGGGGCGUGGGGAGGCGUGGCGCGCGAGCGAGGCGGCGGCGGCGUGCGGGGUGUUGACGCGCGCGGCGGCGGGACGCGCGCGCGAACGAAGCGUCGGCGGCGAGGCGGAGGACGACGGAACGUCGUAUAAGCCGCCGCACGCGCGUGAGGGGGAUAUUUCCGAUCAUAAAAAUGAAUUAGAGGACGAGGACGCGCGCGUGGCGGCGCUGGGGGCGAUCGCGGCGUUGGCUAGGAGCGACGGGAAGGCGACGCGAGGCGCUUGGGCGAUGUUGCUGCCGACGUCACAGCAUCAGCUCGAGCGGGCGAGCGCGUGGACGAGCGUGGUGAAGAUCUUGUCGUGUGAUUGCAACGCAAAAGUUCGCGCGGCGGCGGCGAACGCGACGGCGGCUUUAUUCGAGGGUGCGGCGAGUAAGCAAUACGUGGCCAUGGCGGAGUGCGAAGAGCCGAACGCUGGCGCCGGUGCGUCGCCUCUGAGCGCCCGUGUUCGGUCGUUUUCGGCGCUCAGUACGACCUUAGGAAGUAUGGUAGUGACGACGCAGCGAGCGCUCCUACGCGCUUUGUCGAGCGAGGAGGAUGCGACGUGCGUGCGAGAACAGUGCAAGGCUAUUUCAGCGCUUUGUUCGGCUGCGCCGUUUGACCGACUACCGCGCGCGUUGCUCACGGAGACGAUCAAUGUCAUUCACGAACGGAUAAAAAAGUCAGUGAAGGAGACACCGAGUGAGCGAGCGCUGGCCCAAGGAGCUCUGUUCGGCGCCCUAAUCUCUGCGCUUUCCGCGAGAGGGGCGAGCGGAGUCAUGGAUGAACUGCUGACAGAGGAUGAGACGUCAGUAAUCGCAACCAUUAUCUCUCACGCUAAGGGUGACGCCGUAGGCUCUCGAUGCGAAGCGUUCGGAGUUUUACGCGCGUUCGUUGUGCAUCACGUCGUCGCAAUGACGAAGAUGAGAGGUCGAUUGCGCUACUUGUUCCCAGAUGAGGUGUGCGCAUCGGAGGCGGAUGAUCGAGUGUGUCAAGCCUCCGCACGACUAUUCACCGAUUUUCUUGGCGCCGUGAGUGGAAGCGGGGUAGUUCGCGAUGAUGAUGACAGUGAUGUCGACAAUGUUCCUUUCAACCCGUCUUCAUUAUCGAUCGAGGAUCUGUGCGCUACUUGGGAAGAUGCGGUCAAAGUGCAAUUGCCGGCGUGCGCUGCACACAAAUCUGCCCUCACGCGCGUCGCUGGUCUCACGGCGCUCACUCGGGUGAACGCGAACGUCGUUGAUUGUUUCAAAUCUGAUGAUGGCGUGCUCGAUUCACUGUUAAAGAUGCCGCACGCGGUGCUAAAAUCCGGUGAGGAAGCGGUGCCUGCCGUGCGCGCCGCGGCGUGUAGAGCGCUCGGUUUCAUCAUUAACUUGCCGAACGCGGAACUCGAACACGUGGCCUCGUCGCUGCUCAUCGCCGCGCAAGACAACUCUAAAUCCGUAAAAAUUCCAGCCAUUUGGUCGAUAGCGAAUCUUUGCUCCGUCAAUGCUUCACGUCCGCAACGCUUGAAUGACGAAACCGUCACAGCGCUGGCGAGAGUGUUAAUCAUAAGCGCGAUGGAACAAGGCGACAAGGUGCGCGCGAACGCCACAAGAGGAAUUGGACAUCUAAUCAGUGCAACGGUCUUCGACACGUCGAAUGAUUGGCUGCACGAGGCGGCGCAGAGUUUGGCGAGCUGCCUCACGACGGGUAACGCAAAGACGCAGUGGAACGCGUGCCACGGCGUUGGGUCUUUGCUACAGAAUGACUCCGCUAUGAAGGUGGGAAGCCACUGGAUCGAUUUCAUCGUGAGAAUGUUGUUGCUUCUAAUAAGGGACGCGCGAAAUUUCAAGAUACGCCUGCACGCGGCGAUGGCUCUCGCGGCAGGUGCUAAAAAAGGACAUCUGAUGUCUGCAUGUUCAGAUACAGUGAAUGUUUUGACUUCGAGCUUGGAGGCCCUUGAGAAGCAAAACGCCGCUUUUGAAUCACAGAGCGCCAUGGAUUUCAAACACAAAUCGGCGUUGAUCUGCCAGUUGACGACAACACUCGUGAGCGUUCUUGCCGUCGAUCGCGACGCAUCAGUCAGUGAAGCGUUGAAGAAGACGCAUGUCUUGCUCCACGCUUUCGAAAUCCUGAGAGAUUUUCUCGUCAACGGGUCUCGAUCGAGGAUGGAUCCGCGCAUCAUCGCUGGUUUCAAUGCUGUGGCGCCCCGGGCGAGCGAAAUGAGCGAGAUGUUUUCCACCUCGUUGAAGAACAUCUUAGACAAGUUGCGCACGCAAAGAAAUGGUGUUUCAGCGUUCGAGAAGUUGAUAUUGUAA